AUGGAGGUCGAUGCAAGUUCGUUAGAGAAGAAAGAAUCAAAUGAAGUUGUCCUUAUGAUUUCAGGCGUUGAAUGUCAAAGCGGAGGUUCUUCACCAAAACCAAACACUGACCCAAUAGAGCUUGAAAAUCCUCCAUUAAGUUCACAAAUCUCCAAUUUGACAAGCCUCUCUGCUCACGAGCUCACUCAGUCGAUCCCGACUCCGAGUGAGCUUCUGAAUAUCCCUACCAAAAAGUCCACCUCAGGGUCUUCAUUCGUGAAGCUGAAAUCGAGAUUCAUGGAACCUCCGCAUCCUAGUGAUACAAGUGCUAGUGCAUCUAAGGACACCGUGCAACCGGUGCCGAGCAUGUCCCGAAUCGGUUCGGUUCCAUCACCAGCUGCAGAGGAGGAAGACGAUGAGGAUGUGUGCGAGACAGUGAAUCCCAAGUCCCAAGUGAUGUCGGGCAAAACGAAGGUUGUUUUGGCUCAGCAGGUCGCGUUUGUGUGCAUCACAGGGCUUCUGAUAACGAGUUUAACCAUUCGUAAUCUGCAAAAUACAGUUAUUUGGCAUGUGCCUUUGUGGGGAUGGUGUUUGCUGCUGUUGGCAAUCUUUUGUGGUAGUUUGGUGACUGACUGGUUGAUCACGUUAUUGGUUCUCUUGAUUGAGAAGAAAUAUCUGCUCAAAAAGAACGUUUUGUACUUUCUCUUUGCAUUGAAGGACAGUGCCGAGGUGUUCGCCUGGUUGUGUCUGGUCCUUUUAGCCUGGGUUUGGCUGAUAAAUUAUGGAGUGAAACGAUCAAGACACACGACCAAGAUUCUGAACUGGGUCACGAGGGCGCUUGCUUCUUGUAUCCUAGGAGCUGCCUUAUGGCUGAUCAAAACAUUUCUGAUAAAAUUGCUUGCUGCUUCUUUUCAAUGCAAGAGAUUCUUUGAUCGCAUUCAAGAUGACAUCUUUCAAUACUACGUGAUAAAGAAACUUUCCGGCCCGGCGGAUACAAAGAUAAGUCUCAAGGUGAACAUAGAGAAGCUAAUAAAGAUAAAGCCGGAUAAAGUUUCUGCUUGGACGACGAAAAAUCUUACCGAUUUCCUCAAUGAGGCAGAGCAACCAGAUAAGGAGAUCACCGAUGAAUAUAAAGCCAAGGAUGCUGCCAAAGCUAUAUUCAAGAACGUAGCCAAGCCACGGAGCAAGUUUAUCGAGGAGGAUGACCUUUUGCGCUUCAUGCCGAAGGAACAUAUCGAGAAAUUCUUUGCUUUCUUUUCCGAAGCGAAAGAAACUCGGAAAAUCAUGAAGUCGUUUUUCAAGAGCUGGCUGGUGAAUGUCUAUCGUGAACGGAAAUCACUCACUCACUCCUUGAAUGAUGCGAAAACAGCCAUUGAGGAGCUGAACAACCUUGCUUCAGCAGUUUUGCUUGUCGUGGUCAUCAUUCUGUGGUUGCUUCUGACAGGAUUAUUGACAACGCAAGUGCUCAUCUUUAUUUCGUCGCAGCUUUUGCUUUUCGUGUUCAUAUUUGGGGAUGCUGCCAAACAAUUGUUCGAAGCCAUAUUGUUUGUAUUUGUGAUGCAUCCGUUCGAUGUGAGUGACCGCUGCGUCGUCGAUGAAGUUGAGAUGGAGGUUGAGGAGAUGAAUAUCCUUACUACUGUCUUCCUGAAAAACAACGGUGAAAAGAUAUCUUACCCAAAUUCAGUUCUGUCCUCUAAACCCAUCAGCAAUUUCAACAGGAGCCCGAACAUGAGCGAAUCUGUGGAGUUCAUGGUCAAUUUCUCCACUUCAGUCGAGAGCCUUGAAGCUUUGAAAGAUAAAAUUAAAAAGUACUUGGAUAGCAAGCCGAAAGACUGGAAGCCAGGUCAUAGAGUUGUCAUUAAGGAGAUUGUAGACUCUGACCACUUGAAGAUGGCUCUCCACGUCACCCACACAACGAAUUUCCAAAAUGCCACGGAAAGGAACGACAGGAGAUCCGAUCUAGUGCUGGAGCUGAAGAAAAUCCUCGAAGAACUCCGUGUGCUUCCUCGGUAAGUUUGUCACAGUCAGACCGGGUCGGCGGCCACCGCUGUGCAUGGUUAUGACAACUCCAGGAGUAUGGCGUUCCUAGUAAUCUGCAAGUUUGUGAGAAUGGGACUUCAUUUCCGCCUUUUAUUUUCUGCAAUAUGUAAUCUGCAAGCGUGUGACUAUGUUCUUUGCUUGAUCAUAAAUCACAGUGCAUAAGAAUUACAAUGUACCUCUAUAUAUAGACUAGAACAAACUUUCAAAUAACAGUGAACUUGUAACAAAGUUCAUCAAUUGUUUUCACGGA